AUGUCUAACUCAGAGCUAGCUUGUGUCUACAGCGCCCUCAUCCUUCAUGAUGCUGGACUUGCCAUCACAGCAGAGAAAAUGACCACUCUCAUUAAAGCAGCUGGUGUGUCCUUUGAACCAAUAUGGCCAAAUCUAUUUGCCCGUGCUUUAGAAGGGAAGGAUAUUGGUGCCCUGAUAUGUAACGUAGGGUCAGGUGCUGCUGCUGGAGCUGUUGCUGGUGCCUCUGGUGGUGGUGGAGGUGGUGACGCAGGAGAGGCUCCAGCCGCUGAGGAGAAGAAGGAAGAAAAGAAACAAGAGAGUGAAAGCGAAUCCGAUGAUGACAUGGGAUUUGGGUUGUUUGAUUAG